UCGAAACACUCGAUGGUAAAUAUUUAUAAAUAUAAUCACUAGUUCGACGUUACUUAAGUUUUUACUGAAGAGAGAUAAAACAAAUAAGUAGAUAUCAACGUGUCAAAAUGGCGGCCGUUUUUAACUUGAUUGUUUUUAUCUCUUGUGCCGUCAAUGCUGUUGGCUUUCUUCUUGUUCACGAGAAUAUUCAGAGGAACGUGACAAAGAUAUUGACUGUUCCAAACGGAGGACCAUGGGGAACAUGGACGACGAAAGAGUUCUGUGCAGCAGGAUCUUAUGCAAUCGGAUACAAUAUGAAGAUAGAAAAACCUCAAGGGGCAGGUGAUGACACUGGUUUAAAUGCUUUAGUAUUAAGAUGUGCAACCAAAGAAGGACUCUUUGCUGGUACGGUACACUCAGGAGAGGGUCCCUGGGGAGACUGGGUUGCUCAGGACCCUAAAUACUGUGACAGUAACCAAGGAUUACAUCAUUUUAUGACAGGAUUUUCUAUGUAUGUGGAGCAAGACCAGGGUUCCGGUGAUGACACUAUCGUUGACUUUGUCAAGUUCAAAUGUCGAGACUUCGAGGCCGCUACACCUGAAUAUGACCUAGCAAUCGCUCCCGGCCACGGAACCUGGGGUAGCUGGGGUCCUUCGAGUGCUAGUUGCGGACCAAAUUCAGCUAUUUGCGGUUUCAUGUCAAAGAUCGAGAAACCUCAAGGAGGCGCUGAUGAUACAGCUCUCAAUGAUUUAACAAUGUAUUGCUGUACGUGAGUUUCAAUAAAUGAGCCUCGUCAUGACAAAUCCAAC